AUGGCAACUUACAACCCAUGUUCAAGUAAUCAAAGGGGUGCCGUGCCUAUGCUGUGUCUUAGGGAGCCUUUGCAUAAUUCGUAUCCCGAGACACCAAUUUUGCCAAGCAAUAUGACAUUGUUGUAUAUGAACUCUGGUUCAUAUUCUGAAGCAUUACCUGGAAAUUCUCAGCAGCAAAGCAAUUGCUUUGUGGUUCCAUCACCGUCAGUGGGUGCUUCAAAUUCCACAGCUGAGCAGCAAGAAAUAUUGGCUAAUAUUGGUGGAUACCAAAUUGGGGUUCAUGAUUUCAGUGCAUGGAGGGAGGGUAGAAGUGAGAUGUUAGUCAGACAAUCUAUAGAUGGACAUAACUUGCAGGGCCAGGGAUUAUCUUUAAGCCUUGGAACCCACAUGCCCUCCGGAAUUCAACUGCCUUCUGUCCAUGAUAGGAAUCAUUGCUCAAAUCUUGAUUCGUUUUUGGGUGCAAAUCCAUCACUUUCAGCCAACGAGAUCUACCAAAAUGGCUCCUCUAGACAUUCUGAAAAUUUUCCUCCUGUGUUACCUGAAGCUAGUCAUGAUUUGAACAAAGCAGAUUUUUCAUUUCCUGGAAUUUCCAGUGUUGGAAGAACGGUUCCUACCUCCAAAUAUCUCAAGGCAGUGCAACAACUGCUUGAUGAAGUUGUUGAUAUCCGACAAGCUAUUAAAAGACCUGAAACGAGAAGUCACGGAACACAUGAGAACUCUCCGAAGAAUUCCAAGGAGGGUGGUGAGCUCCUAGAAAAUGAACGGCCUUCUGCAACUGGUGUGCCAAAUUCUCAAGUCUCAGCCAGCAACUCUUCUUGUGAGCUUUCACAUGCUGAAAAACAAGAUCUGCACAAGAAGUUAGCAAAGCUUCGGUCAAUGUUGGAUGAGCACGAUAGUCGUGUUCAUGAUUUCAGCAGUGGUUUAAGCACCUUAAAGUAUGAAAAGGAAAUAUGUCAACGUGAUAUAAGUGCAAAUUCUGGAUCUACUUCCAGCUCUAGCGUGCUGCAAUGGGGUGUGAAAGAAGGAAUUUAA